CUCUAACAUCAAAUUCUUCCUAAUCCUCACUGACAUCCAAUUUGUAUUGAAAUUUUACAUUCAAUCUUUACAUUGUUUAACUUAUUCUGUGUUUUACCUUCUGUUGCUUUUUAUUUCUUCCAUACAGAUGGCAAGGCUGGGGCACCUCAUGCUCCUGUGCUGGGCAUGGAGUCCUCUGUGUCUGGCAGCCAGCGGAGGCUUCUUUGGUACGCAGCCGGAGUGUGAGAAGGCUCACUUUGUCCCUGGUUACAACCUGGGUGGAGAAGGCUUCGACAUCAUCACAAUGGAGCGGAAAGGUGCCUAUGUCAUCGACACGGAAACAUGGAAGCUUGGCAACGGCACUUGCAGGAUGUUCAGCAACAGCUACAUGAACAGAGAGAGCCAGAAGGUCCCAGCUGCCGUGGUGGACUGGAGAACCCUCCCCAAGUGCAGCAUGAAGGUCUCCAGUUUACUCUACGAUUCUGUCGAAACUCUCGUCAACGACUCCACCUCAGCUGUGUCCAAUGAUUGGAAAAUUGGCCUUGAAAUCCCUGUAGACCCGUCUGUCACUGUUGGUCUUGGCUUUGGAGGUUCCCACUCCAAAGAAGCUACCUUUGGCAUGCAAAAGUCAAAAAGAGACCGCUACAACUUCUUUAGUCACUCUGUCUACUGUAGCUUCUACCGCUACAGAAUGGCAACAAAACCUCCACUGAGUCCUGACUUUGAAUCAGCCGUGAACUCCCUUCCUUCCUAUUCACAUAAGACAUCGGCAUUAUAUCGCAGUCUGAUGGACACAUACGGUACACAUUACAUCAGACAGGUGUCUCUGGGAGGGGAAAUAAAAGCAAUCACUUCCAUCAAGACCUGCGAGGCAACCAUGAAUGGACUGUCGGCAACGGAUAUCAAGGAUUGUUUGUCAGUCGAGGCCUCUGCUAGCUUUGCAAAAACUGCCAGCAUUAAGGCCAUGUACCAACACUGUCAGGCAAAGAAGAAGAAUUUGGUCUCUGGUCAAAGUUUCAGCAGCACGUUUAAUGAGCGUAACACAGAGGUCAUCGGUGGAGACAUCAACGGCGCUGAUAUCCUCUUUGCAGACCAAUCAAACCCCAAUGUCUACAGCAACUGGCUCAACUCACUGAAAACCAUCCCGGAUGUUGUCCGAUACAACAUAAAGCCCCUGCACACCAUCCUGCCAAGUGGCCAUCCUGCCAGGGCCGGGCUGAAGCAAGAGGUGGAGACGUACAUCAAGAAAAAUGCGGUGUUGAACAAAUGCUCAGAAACCUGUAAGAUUGGGCACAGAUCCAGCAAAAGGGAUCCUUGUGCUUGUGUUUGCAACAGUAAUCAGAAUAUAAAGUCAAACUGCUGUCCCGCUGGGAAAGGUCUUGCAACAUUAAAGGUCUUUAAUCUCUAUGCAGAAGGGUUGUACGGCGAUAAGUGGACUGAGACAGAUGGUUCAGUGGAGGUUAGAUAUGGUGAUGAUCAGUAUAAGCGCACUGCCAUCAUUAGUAACAAUGACAAUCCUAGAUGGUGGGAGACAUUUGAAUUUGGACCCAUCGUCAUUAACAUGAAGAACAAACUUUUGUUCAGUGUUUAUGAUGAGGACAGUUACUGGAAUAGUGAUCUCCUCGGUGAGUGUUCAAUUGAUCUGCGUAGCGGGAAGGUGAGCAACAGCUGCAUGUUUAAACAUGGUACCCUCUUCUUCUCCUACAUAGUAGAGUGCGCGGUAAGUCUUGGUGGUGACCAAUGUCAACAAUACAUACCAUCCCCCAUGAGUCCCUCUCUGGCCAAGGUCUUCCACACCAGAAACGGGGUGCUUGUUGGAGAGGCGGGGAAGAGGUACACUAGAUCAGUCAGUCAGUCAGUCAGGGUGAGGCCAGCUGUUGAGCUGGGAUGAGAUGAGAGAGAUGAGAGAAUGACGAUUUGAUGACGAUCUUGCUUUUAGUUAAUAGCAUCUUUCACACUGUUGUUUGACUUUUGUUUGCAAAAGUAAUUACAUAUGUUAAUCCUUAAUUUAAUCAAAAUAUGUGUCUGUGAAAAAUUGUGUUUGAUGAUCCACCUUUUCUUCUGCUUCUUUCUUGUUAGUUACAAAAUCUGCCAAUAAAGCAUCGACAAAGACAA